GGAUGCUCUAGUUCAGAACCGUCUUCCGAACCAGUCUUACCCUCCAUCUCGCCCGUAUCGAUGACCUGAGGGCGUUUCGCCGAGUCUCCGCGACAGCCUCACCUGCAGCUCCUGGUUCGCGGCGCAAUGUUCACCUUCACUCCUAUCCUGGGCGCCCAGUCCGGGUCCUCGAAGGCCUCGCAGUCGAUCCUGGAGCUUGACGGGGGAAUCAAGAUUCUCGUGGACGUCGGCUGGGACGAUUCCUUUGACCCUCUCGAUCUGCAGGAACUGGAAAGACACGUCCCUACCCUCUCAUUAAUCCUCCUCACCCACGCUACCCCCGCGCACAUCGGUGCCUAUGCGCAUUGCUGCAAGACCUUCCCCCUCUUCACCCAGAUCCCCGUCUACGCCACAAGCCCCGUCAUCGCGCUCGGCCGCACCCUGCUCCAGGACUUAUACGCCUCCGCCCCGCUGGCCGCGACCUUUCUCCCCAAGGCCUCGAUCACCGAACCAGGCACAUCACCCACACCCGCCACGGAGGCCGAUGAGAGCGCCGCCGAGUCCUCACACGCCGGACGGAUCCUGCUUCAACCCCCCUCGACCGAAGAAAUCGCCCGGUUCUUCUCCCUCAUCCACCCGCUGAAAUACUCCCAACCGCACCAGCCGCUCUCAUCGCCCUUCUCCCCGCCACUGAACGGACUGACCCUGACUGCCUACAAUGCCGGACACACGGUCGGAGGUACGAUCUGGCACAUCCAGCAUGGCAUGGAGUCGAUCGUCUACGCGGUGGACUGGAAUCAAGCCCGCGAGGGCGUGAUGGCGGGCGCGGCGUGGUUUGGAGGGUCUGGGGCCAGUGGAACGGAGGUUAUUGAGCAGCUGCGCAAGCCUACUGCGCUGGUCUGCAGCACCCGGGGAGGCGAUCGGUUCGCGCUGACGGGAGGAAGGAAGAAGCGGGAUGAUUUGCUGCUGGACAUGAUCCGGAGUACCAUCGCCAAGGGCGGCACGGUGCUGAUCCCUACAGAUACCAGCUCUCGCGUGCUGGAGCUGGCUUACGCGUUGGAACAUGCCUGGCGCGAUGUGGCGGCCAACAGCCAAAGCGAGGAUGCGCUGAAAGGCGCAGGGCUCUAUCUGGCCGGUCGGAAAGCCAACACGACCAUGCGGCUGGCGAGGAGUAUGCUGGAAUGGAUGGACGAGAGCAUUGUGCGGGAGUUUGAGGCGUCCGAGGGUGUUGAUGCCACGGCCCAGACCAAAGCGGAGGGACAGAGGUCCGGAGGGCAGAACCAGGGCAAGGCCGAGGGCAAGGGCAUCGCGCCGUUUACGUUCAAACAUCUCAAGAUCGUGGAGCGGAAGAAGAGACUAGAGAAGGUCCUGACCGACCAGACACCCAAGGUCAUCCUGGCCUCCGAUACGUCGCUGGAUUGGGGAUUCGCCAAGGACUCGCUACGCCUGGUGGCCGAGGGCGCCAACAACCUACUGCUUCUGACGGAGCCGCUGCACAAAGAGAGGCUCUCGACGGACCAGGAGGACACCUCCCGGAAGACGCUGGGGGGCAUGAUCUGGCAGUGGUACGAGCAACGCCAGGACGGGGUUGCGCUGGAAAAGGCCUCGGAUGGCGAAAUGCUGGAGCAGGUGCACAGCGGCGGCCGCGAGCUCUCCUGGACCGACGUGCGCCGCGCGCCCCUGGACCCGGCAGAGCAGCGGCUCUACCAGCAGUAUCUGGCCACGAAACGCGAGCUCCAGGAUGCCUCUCAGCCGAGAGGGCAGGAACCGCUGGACACGGCGGCAGACGCGCUGGAUGACCGGUCCAGCUCAACAUCCGAAGACUCGGAGACGGAGCAACAGGGCCGCGUGCUCAACUUCUCGACCUCCCUAGCCCACGCCAACCGCAACAAGCUCGGCCUGAGCGACGAAGACCUAGGCGUCAACAUCCUCCUGCGGCGGAAAAACGUCUACGACUACGAUGUCCGCGGCAAGAAAGGCCGCGAGCGCAUGUUCCCGUAUGUGGCGCCGCGCAAGAAGGGCGACGAGUAUGGCGAGUUCAUCCGCCCGGAGGAGUACCUCCGCGCCGAGGAGCGCGAGGAGGCGGACAUGCAGCAGCGGCGGACGGACUCGCAGACCAAGCUGGGGCAGAAACGACGAUGGGACGAAUCGGGGCCGAACGGCCGCCGGCUGUCGAGCAGUGGCGGCAAACGCCAUGCGUUUGGCGACAAGAAGGACGCCAGCACGGCCGACGAGGUGAGUCUCGCGGAAGACGGCGAGGGCGCGGACGCGGCGGUGUCCUCGGAGGACGAGAUCGACGGACAGAGCUUCGAGGGGCCGGCGAAGGCCGUGUACGAGAAGGCGACGCUGACGAUCAACGCGCGCCUGGCAUUCGUGGACUUCACGGGGCUGCACGACAAGCGCAGUCUGGAGAUGCUCAUCCCACUGAUCCAGCCUCGCAAGCUGAUCCUGGUGGGAGGGAUGCAGCAGGAAACGACGGCGCUGGCGACGGAGUGUCGGAAGCUGCUGGCGGCCAAGUCCGGCAUGGAGGUGUCGACGGGGGAUUCGGCGGUCAUCUUCACCCCGGUCAAUGGCGAGCUGGUCGACGCCAGCGUCGACACCAACGCGUGGAUGGUCAAGCUGAGCAACCAGCUGGUGCGCCGGCUGAAGUGGCAGCAUGUGCGCAGCCUGGGUGUGGUCACCCUGACGGCGCAGCUGCGGGGGCCGGAACCGGCCAUGCUGGAGGAAUCCGCGACAGACGGGCCCAGCAAGAAGCCGAAGCUGGACGAGGCCGACGAGGAUACGGCUGCAGCUGCGGACGCCGCAGAGCCGGACUCAGGGGCCAAACCCAAGGCCAAACCCAAAGCGACGGGCGAGAAGGCCGACAGCUACCCCUUGCUGGACGUGCUGGCGGCCAACAUGGCGGCGGGAACGCGGUCGAUGACCCGGCCGCUGCACGUGGGCGACCUCCGGCUGGCGGACCUGCGCAAGAUCAUGCAGGGGGCCGGACACACGGCGGAAUUCAGGGGCGAGGGGACGCUCCUGAUCGAUGGGAUGGUGGCCGUGCGGAAGUCGGCGACGGGGCGCAUCGAGAUCGAGGCGACGGCGCAGUCGACGAAUGCGAGUCGGGGGGGAAGCUUUUUGGCUGUGAAGCGGAAGAUAUACGAGGGGUUGGCGGUGGUAUCGGGGAGUUAAGACUUCGCAGGUUGUUUUGUAUCCCCGAGUUCAUUGUGUACUAUGCAGGACUGCCCGUAUCAUCUUGUUUGCCAGUACAUGUCAGUAAAUAAAACAUUGUCCUUGGGAUAAGGAGAAACAUCCUUCCCUCUUCCACUCCACCAACAUCCUACCCUGCUGUGACACUUCUUGAUACCAUUCCUGAAUGCUGAGAUGCUGAGAUGCUGAGAUCCUCCAGCCC